AGUACUAGCACUCCAUGGCUAGCUUCUAUUAUAUAUACAUAUAGAUCAACUCAGGAUAUCUUCAUUGUUCUCAUUGUCUAAGCCCGCAAAUUACCAAUAUUCCCACCUUCCACAAUUAAGCUUCUAAAUCUCUCGCAUUGCAUUCAUGGGCCAAAUCAUCGCCACUCUAGGAAUCAUCGCCACUCUAAGACCCUCUUCAUCUACUAAUUCCGAGAAUACUAAGAAAAGAAAAAGAGACGAUUCAUCUUGUUCGGAAGAAGAUGAAAGAAUCAUAAGCUCUUCCUUACCUUCUUCCUCGACGGCUCGAUGGAAACAUGAUGUUUUCCUUAGUUUCUGUGGCGAAGACACUCGCAGAAGUUUUACGGAUCAUCUCUAUUUUGAUUUAAAACGGAAAGGUAUUCUCGUUUUUAGAGAUGACGAAUCACUGGAGCGAGGAAAAUGCAUUUCUCAAGAGCUUCCGCAAGCAAUUCAAGAAUCCCGAUACGCCAUUGUCAUUUUUUCAGAAAAUUAUGCUUUUUCAAAAUGGUGCCUCAGGGAACUUGCCGAGAUCGUUGAAUGGGAGGAAAAGAAGAAUCUCACAAUUAUUCCUAUUUUCUACCAUGUGAAUCCUUCCGAUGUAAGAAAUCAAAGAGGGACUUUUGCAAAAGCUUUCGCCGAACAUGAAAAAGAUCCCAAGGUAGACAUCAAAGAGAUUAAUACGCGGAGAAAAGCUUGCAAAACAGUCGGGGGUCUUAAGGGAGAACACAUAAAGGGGGACAGGUACGAGUCAACAAUUAUACAACAAAUCAGUGAAAUGAUAUUCUACAAUUAUACAAUGCUAAAUAUUCUAAUUCAUGAUAACCAGACAAUUGUUGGAAUAAACUCCCGUGUAGAGGAAAUGAUGAACUUAUUGCAUAUGGAAUCGAAUGACGUUCGCUUCUUAGGAAUUCAUGGGAUGGGUGGCGUUGGUAAAACAACGCUGGCGGAAAUAAUUUAUUAUAGAUUUUCUUGUCGAUUCGAAGGAAGCAGCUUUAUUUCUUGUACUGGAGAAAGAUCUACUACUGCUCAUGAUCUAGCUUCUUUACAAAAACAACUGCUUUCUAUGAUCAUGCAACAAGAAAUACAUAUAUGGGAUCAUCGCGACGGAAUCAUGUUGAUGAGAAACAGGUUGCGGAAUAAAAAGGUUCUUAUCAUCCUUGAUGAUGUGGAUUGUGAAAAGCUACUGUCGGCAUUAGCAGGGGAUCGGAAAUGGUUUGGUCCAGGGAGUAGGGUGAUUAUAACAUGCAGAGAUAGUCAUCUGUUGAUAACACAUGGUGUGAAUGAUAUCUAUAACGUUGAGCUGCUUGGAACCGCCGAUGCUUUGCAGCUAUUUAGUUUGUCAGCCUUCGACAAAACCAAUCCUCCAGAGAAUUACAAGUAUCUAUCUAUGAAUUUUGUGCAUUAUGCCGGAGGCCUUCCUUUAGCUCUUAAAGUUUUGGGUCGCUUCUUAUUUGGGAGAACGAUAGAUGCAUGGAAAAGUGCUAGGGAUCAACUACAAGCAAAUCCUAAUAAAGAAAUUUUUGAUAUUCUUAAAAUAAGUUUUGAUUGGCUGGAGGAAUCGCAGAAAAAAUUGUUUUUGGAUCUGGCAUGUUUAUAUUUGAUAAGGCCUUUUCUAAACCUCUACGAUUUUAAGGAAAUAUAUCCGGCCAUCGACUUUGAGGUUCUCGCCGACAAGUCCCUCCUAAGCAAAUCAGAUUAUGAUAAAGGGUACUUGAAGAUGCAUGAUUUGCUAGCAAAAAUGGGCCAGGAAAUAGUUCGCCGCGAAGAUCCUGAAGAACCUGGACGACGUAGUAGGCUGUGUUGUCAGGAGGAUGUCCUUCACGUGCUGGAGAAAGAUACUGGAACUGAUGCAAUUGAAGUCAUAGCCGUCCAUUUUGGUGAUCUUCCUGAUGAAGCGGAAGAUAGAAUAUUCAAUAUUAACGCCAAAGCAUUAUCAAAGAUGAGAAAAUUGAGAUUGCUUCAUAUCGAUUAUUCUUUAAAAUACAUGUCAAGCGAUAAGUUGCAAUUCCAAAAAUGGUUUGAUUGUCCUUCGAAAUCCUGGCCGAGCAGUUUCCAACCAAAAGGUCUUGUUGUACUAAGCAUGCCUCACAGCCGCUUCAAACGACUGUGGAAGGGAUUGAUGGUUUUAGACAAUUUGAAGAUCAUAAAUCUGAGUUUUUCUUAUAGUUUGAUUAAAAUACUAAAUUUGAGUGGAGCUCCAAAACUUGAGAAAAUAAACCUGACAAGGUGUCAUAGCUUGCAUAAGGUCCACUCAUCCAUCGGAACUCUCAGACGAUUACAAAAAUUACAAAUGCCUGGCACCAAAAUCAAACAAUUAUGGAAGGGGAUGUUGGUGAUUUUAGACAAUUUGAAAUAUUUAGAUCUGAGUGAAUCUGAUAAAUUGAUUGAAACACCAAAUUUGAGUCAAGCUCCAAAUCUUGAGAACAUAGAUUUUUCAGAUUGUAUGAACUUGUGUAAUGUCCAUCCAUCCAUCAGAUUUCUCAGACGACUAAAACAUUUGAGAUUAAACGGAUGUCCAAGACUUGAGUAUUUCCCGACUACUCCGACUACUCUGGGAGAUAUGAUAUCUCUAGAGAACUUGAGUUUACCAUCAUCGAAAGUCUCAAUUUUUCCGAAUGUUAUUUAUAGUUUUUCAUCUCUUGAAAGUCUCUGGUUGGAUGGUUGGCCAAGACUAGAGAAAUUGCCAGAACUGAGUAUGUUUGAAUGUUUGAAGGAAUUUAUGGCAUAUGAAACUUCUAUAUCACAAAUACCAUCUAUCAAUCUAAUCCCCAAGAGCAUCCGUUGCUUUGAACUCGAAGGAGGAAAGAGGAUGCCACGUGAAUCAAGAGACUUGGUUAUGUUCAAUAAUGACUGCUCUUUGCCGAAACAAAGCUCAUAUCCCACCAAUCAUGAUAUCGGAUCACCUGUAGAAUAUGAGACAGAAGAAAAGUUUUCGGUGCAACUUCAAUGUGACGAUGAUAUUGGCUUAUGGGUGUCGAUAAAAAGGUGUUCAUUGGGAUCUAGAAUCCCGGAGUGGGUCCACAAUAAAAGUAAUGGCUCCUCUCUUUUUUUUGACAUGUGUAAUGGCUCCUCUCUAAAGAUAGAUUCGGAUGGUAAUACGAUGUCGGUGAUGGGGAUUGCUUUCUUUAUUGUUUGUCAAUUCCAUUCAAUUACUCCGGUUAAUUUAUCCAGAAAUGAAAUUGUGACGUUUCCAAUUUGGUUGGAUGACGAUGCUCGACAAUAUCCUUUUCUCCAAUUUUGGUUUACACUUUCCACGGACGUCAUUUUGGAUAAGCCAAUUGUAUUAUGUAAGUAUUUUUGGGAUCCGGAAAAUUUGGGUAGCUGGAGAUUGAAGCGUCUGGAUAAACGGAAGAUUUCCACUGCAGCAAAAUUUAAUCAGUUCCACGGUCAGACUUCAUUUAUGGAAGUAGAAGUGAAAGAAUGGGGAUUGCAUUUAGUAUGUCCGGAUGAUGCUGCUCUUGGUUUGGAAUCAGAUUUAGAUUCCUUCGUCGAUUUUAUUAAUUUAGGAUUGGAAACGCAGCAUGACAGGAAUGAAGAUUAGAUUCAUCAGGGUACCCCUUUCAAGCUUAGUCGUUUUGAGUAAUGGCUUGGCAUUGUUUAUUUUGGGAAUAGAAGAUGAUCACCAUUUUGUACCAAAAAUCUCUCAACUCCAUUGACGAUGUCAAAGUGAUCAUAAAAUCUCAGAUUGAUUAAGGGAAUGCAGACAAUCACCGAAUCAGAUUUUCUUCUUUGUCAUGUUUAUGGUACGUUAUGCUACCUCUGUGCUUCAUCUUAAACUUGAAUCUCUAUAAAACAUGCAGUAUUUAGUCAUUUCUGCUUCUAUCUAUUUUUAAUAUGAAAAAUAUGGUUAAAUGUUAUGUGCAUGGAAGUGAUCAUCAGGGAAACUUCAGCUGCCAAAACGUGGGACAAUACUUGACAUGGAAGUGCUGCAUGAUGCGAAAUGAAGAUUCGAUUCAACAGGAGUCCUUUAUAAAAGUUACUUUUUUGUGUUUUGAGUACUGGCUUUGGUAUUAUUUCUUUGGGAAUAGAAGAUAUUAACCAUUUUGUUUACAAGUUAGGAGUCGAAUUUCCAA